CAUGCAUCAACAAAAUUCAAAAUCAUUUUUAAUUAAGGAUCUACUCGGUGAUUUAAUAAAUAAUCGUCAGCAGCCCGAUGACGAUUCUGAUCUAUCGGACAACAAUUCCGAUAUCGAUAUAGAAGAUCGUUCUUCACUGGAUUCGGAAGCUCUGAAUUGCCAUUUCUCCGGCCAUCAUCGUCAAUUAGGCAAUCAACAUUUAUUAUAUAACGCUAACGAUUCUAGCCGAGACUCUAGCAUUUUAUUAAACGAUAAUGACCAUCAAGCCGAUGGAUCGACGUUGAACUCAAAUCCCAAUAAUAACGUUAAUCAUAAUUUUAUCGAUCACAAAAUGAGUUUAACGAAAAGUGGUCGCAAACCGAGACGAAGACGCACCGCUUUCACUCAUGCUCAGUUGGCUUACUUAGAGCGAAAAUUUCGUUGCCAGAAAUAUUUAAGUGUAGCCGAUCGCAGCGAUGUGGCUGAGACAUUAAACUUAUCCGAGACCCAAGUUAAAACCUGGUAUCAAAAUCGCAGAACUAAAUGGAAACGUCAAAAUCAACUUCGUUUGGAGCAGUUGCGCCAUCAAGCCACUUUAGAGAAAGAGUUUGUGGGUGCUGGUGAAAACGGUACAAACGGUAAUCCACUUACUUGUUGUCCGCCAGCCUUGACUUCGUUCAGUGCUGCCAAUCCGUGCAAUUUUUUAACUUCCGCCGCUGCUGCCGCUAUAUUUCGUAACGUCAGCUACGUUCACGGUUGCCCCAUGUAA